AUGACGCAACAAGCUGAAUUUAAGCAAGAAAUGUUAGAUCUACAACAACAACAAGAACUUUCAAAAAAAAGUAAGCUAAGAAAGCUGAGUCUAACACUGGAUUCUGAAAGCAUUAUGCGUCUACGUGGGCGAUUGCAACAAGCAGAUAUGCCGUUCAACGAAAGAUGCCCUAUUGUCAUGCCCAAACGGCAUCCUCUCACGUCUUUAAUUGUGCACCAUACUCAUAAGCGGUGUCUUCAUGGCGGUACGCAAGCAACACUGGGUUAUGUAAGACGCCAGUUCUGGGUUAUCGAUGGGCGUACGGAAGUGAAACGUGUAAUAAGCAGCUGUGUCAAGUGUUAUCGACAUAGCUGCACCCCACAAAAGCAAAUGAUGGGCGACCUUCCGGCAGCACGUUGCACUGUAACAUUCCCGUUCAUGCACACCGGCGUCGAUUACGCUGGACCAUUCAAUAUACGAGCAACCAAGGGGCGGGGACACAAGAGUUAUAAAGGUUACGUGGCAUUGUUCGUUUGUUUGGCCAGUAAAGGCAUUCAUCUUGAGUUGGUAAGCGACAUGACAACUCAAUCAUUUAUUCAUGCAUUAGAACGUUUUGUAGCUGCACGUGGCAUCUGCUCAGACAUGUAUAGCGACAGAGGUACUAACUUUGUUGGUGCUGACGCGCUCAUGAAAGAAGAACUUAAAGAAUUUCGGAAGCAGUUGGACGCCGCGGCUAGCUAUGCCUCACGGACUGGUAUAAACUGGCACUUCAUACCCCCAGGAGCCCCAAACUUUGGCGGGCUUUGGGAAGCCGGCGUUAAAAGCAUGAAAGCCUUGUUAAAACGCACAAUCAACACUACAACACUCACCUUUGAAGAAUUUUACACAGUGCUCAAGCGAGUCGAAUCGUGUCUAAACUCUAGACCACUUACGGCACUCACAGAUGAUCCUACGGAUUUCGCUGCGUUGACACCAGGGCACAUGCUAAUUGGACGCGCUCUUACCAGCGUGCCAGAACCUAAUCUUCUCGAUACAAAGAGUGGUGUUUUGUACCGCUGGAAACAAAUUAGCCAGAUAUAUCAAGACUUCUGGCGCAGAUGGUCUGUAGAGUAUUUACAUCAUUUGCAAGUUCGCUCCAAAUGGCAUAAACAACAACCGAAUGUCAAGGUUGGAGAACUUGUGCUUGUUAGAGAUGAAAAAGCACCCCCUACUCAAUGGAAACUGGCUCGAAUUACAGACACCGAUCCGGGCUCUGAUGGACUUGUUCGCGUCGUGAGCUUAAAAACGGCAACUACCGCGUUCCAGCGGCCAAUCUCGAAAAUAUCUGUGCUGCCUAUUCCUACAGAAACGCCCAAGUCCUCGGACUAG